AAGUUACGCCUCCUUCCAGUUACGAUAGGUUAAAAACAAAACAAAACAAAAAAAAAACAGUUACGAUAGGUUACGCCCCUCUCUUGCAGUCUGCAGACAGACCCUUUUCGCGCGCAACAGAGACAGAGAGCUUUGUGUGUAUUAGCAUAACGGUUGCUUUCAACAAAAAGAGUCAUGGUUCAAGCCAAAACCUGGGUUCUGAAGCAGCACUUUGAGGGCUUUCCUAAAGACACCGACUUCGAACUGAAAGUAGAGCAGCUCUCUGAGCCCAAAGAUGGAGAGGUUCUUCUAGAGGCAGUGUUCCUUAGUGUGGACCCUUACAUGCGGCCAUACAGCCGUGUUCGAAUGCAAGCAGGAGAUGUGAUGAUCGGAACUCAAGUUGCCAAAGUGAUUCAAAGUAAUAAUCCUUCAUUUCCUGUGGGCUGCCAUGUGGUUGGUCAAUGUGGUUGGAGAACACAUACCAUGUCAAAUGGGAGCGAUAUCACCAAAGUCUUGGAUGCCUGGCCUCAGGAUGUCUCCCUCUCCCAUGCCCUUGGAGCCAUUGGCAUGCCGGGGUUGACAGCACUCUAUGGUUUGGAGGAGGUCUGUGCCAUCAAACCAGGAGAAACCUUACUGGUGAAUGCAGCCGCAGGGGCCGUUGGUUCUGUAGUGGGUCAAAUUGCCAAACUAAAAGGUUGCAAGGUUGUGGGUUCAGCAGGAAGUGAUGAAAAGGUGGCAUACCUCAAAGAGCUGGGCUUUGACCAGGCCUUCAACUACAAGACUGUCUCCUCACUGGAGGAAGCGCUGAAGAAGGCUUCACCUGAAGGAUAUGACUGCUACUUUGAGAAUGUGGGCGGCCCUUUUUCGAGUGUUGCUAUUACACAGAUGAAGGCAUUUGGGCGUAUUGCUGUAUGUGGUGGAAUAUCACUAUAUAAUGACACCACUCCACAAACAGGUCCUUAUCCACACCUUCAGAUGAUUUUUAAUCAGUUGAAAAUGGAAGGUUUCUUGGUAGGCAGGUGGGAACAUAAAAAUGAAGAGUCACUGAAGCGAAUGUUGACCUGGAUCCAAGAGGGAAAGCUGAAGUGUAAAGAACAUGUUACUGUUGGCUUUGAAAACAUGCCUGCUGCAUUCAUGGGGAUGUUGCAGGGAGAAAAUAUCGGAAAAGCCAUUGUUAAAGUCUAAUGGCAAGUGUUUCAGUGGUUUGCUUUUUGUUAUAGGUACUGCAUUAAUAAUUGCAUAAUUUUCAUAUUGUGUCCUUUUAUUUUGCUUUACAAAUAAAGUCUGUUUUUGUACAUGAGUCACAUUUGCAACAUUCUCUAGGACAGAUAUGCACAAAACAGGAAUAAAAUUAUACUUUUUCUGAUAUUAGAAGCAUCAAGGAGAUUUUGAUCUCAAAAGAUUAGGCCGGUUUAGUCUGUUGCUCAGCAUUAUUCAGCAUUUGUAAAUUCUGUCAUAAAAAUCUGAGCCGAAUAUGCUGAGUCAUCAUGAACUAUAUGAACAACUGCAUAUAAAUCAUUAACUGUCUUUGUGUGUGAUAUUUUUAAUGUCAAUCAUACAAUUCGAUAAGCAUGGUUAUAAGGUUUUUUUUGCAAUAAAAAUAUUAUUUGAUUUAU